AUGAAGGGCCUCUAUGUGUUUGCGUCCCUCCUGGCGGUCGCCUUCAGCACCGAGACCUUUGUGGGUCAACAGGUGUUAAGGAUCUUUGCUGAAGAUGACUUCCAAGUGGAGAAGGUGAAGGAGUUGGAAGCAUUUGAUGAUCUUCAGCUGGAUUUCUGGCGAGCUCCAACUCAUCCUGAGACCCCCAUAGAUGUGCGUGUCCCAUUCCCCAGCCUCCAAGGGGUCAAGGUCUUCCUGGAGUCCAACAGCAUCCGAUACAACAUCAUGAUUCAGGACCUCCAGUCGUUGAUUGACGAGGAAAAGCUUCACAUGACACGUCAACGCUUUAUGCCUCGAUCGAUCGAGUCCUUUAACUACGGAGCAUACCACACUCCGGAUGAGAUCAAUGCUUUUAUGGACGUUCUAGUGAGUGAAAGGAGUUUCCUGGUUAGUAAAAUCGUGAUUGGGAGGAGUUAUGAGAACCGCCCAAUCAACGUCUUGAAGUUCAGCACAGGGGGAACCAAGCGCCCAGCGAUCUGGAUCGACACCGGCAUCCACUCUCGUGAAUGGGUCACUCAGGCCAGCGGAGUCUGGUUUGCGAAGAAGAUUGUGGAUAGUUACGGCAAGGAUCCAUCCCUGACCUCCAUCCUGGACAACUUCGAUAUCUUCCUCGAAAUCAUCACCAACCCUGAUGGUUUUGCUUAUACCCACAGCAAGAACCGCAUGUGGCGCAAGACCCGGUCUCCCAACAGUGGAUCGUCCUGUAUCGGAGUAGACCCCAACAGGAACUGGGAUGCAGGCUUUGGAGGGGCUGGCUCCAGUGGGAACCCUUGCACCGAUACUUACCGUGGGGCCUACCCCAACUCUGAAUCUGAGGUGAAAUCCAUCGUCGACUUUGUGCAGAGUCACGGCAACAUCAAAGCCUUCAUCUCCAUCCACAGCUACUCCCAACUUCUCCUCUAUCCUUACGGCUACACGAAGCAGCCGGCUGCAGAUCAUGAGGAGCUGGAUGCUGUUGCUAAGAAGGCCGUUGCUGCCCUUGCUUCCUUGUAUGGGACCAAAUAUACAUACGGGAGCAUCAUCAACGGCAUCUACCAAGCAAGUGGUGGAACUAUUGACUGGACCUACAACCAAGGCAUUAAAUAUUCUUAUACAUUUGAGCUGCGAGACAAAGGCACGAGUGGGUUCUUGCUCCCUGCAAAACAAAUCAUCCCUACCGCUGAGGAGACAUGGCUGGGCCUGAUGGUCAUCAUGGAGCACACACGAGAUCACCCAUAUUAAAACCAGAGCAGAGGGGCGGUUUUCUCAGGAGGCAACCAA